CGCUUCAUCUUUUAAAGUACACCCACUACCGGCCAGGACACACACACACAGUUUAGUGAAAACUGAAAAAGCAGAACCAAAAAUCAACCCCAGCAACCAGUACCACCAUGAAAUCUCUAGAGAUGCGAUUUGAAGGUGGUUUGAUGUUAGAUCUCUACAUGUUCUUCAAUUUUCGGAACUGGGUUUGGUUUCGUUUGUCUUGGUUAGCCUUUAUUGGAUCUGUUUUCUCUUUCUGAUUUGAGGUUAGUGACUAGGGUUUCAUGCAAACCAAGAAACCCCAUAUGGAUUUUGUGUGAUUUAAGCAACAUGGUUAGCUAAAUAUGUUGGAAUAUUUUUUUGGGUGACUAAAAACAGAUAAGGUUUUGGAUUAUAUCUGUUGGAUUUGGAAGCGUUCAAUGUUAGAUUUCAAUCUACUUAGUAGCGAACAAACAAAGCAAAAAACAAAGAAGAGGCUGUCGAUAUUUUGAGUGGUCUAAUCUUUCAGUUGCUUUAAGCCAAUGUUGUAAAGAGAGCUGGGUGUUUGUCUACAUUUUUAGAGAGAGAAACAAGGACUGUGAGGCUGGAAAUGAGGGUUUAUAUUGGUUCUUAGGAAUCUCCAUCUUUGUUGUUGUCUUGAUUCUAAGUAGUAGUAGUGAGUGUUUUGUUGAAAAAAACAAGAUAUGGCUAACCGGUGGUGGGCUGCAAAUGUGGAGAUGAACCCGAUGCCAUCAUCGCCGCCAUCUCUUCACCUGAGAAACAGUAUAGAUGAUGAUAACGGCGGAUUGAACCGGCUCGGACUGAGCAGAGAGCAACAUUUCAUUGACAACACCACUACCACAACAACCACAAUCAGUAGUGGAAGCAAUACUAAUCCCAACAUCAACACAACCAUCCAAAACCCCAAAAACGAAGAAAGUCGAGAAGGCCAAGAAGACGACCCUGAAACCGAGGACCCAAAUGCCGGAGCCCUUGACAUCUCUGAACCGGGCAGUGGUUCUGGCCGCCGGCCUAGAGGCCGACCUCCUGGCUCAAAGAACAAGCCAAAGCCCCCAAUUAUCAUCACCAAGGAUAGUCCCAAUGCUCUCCUUAGCCAUGUAUUCGAAAUUAGCAGUGGCAGCGAUAUUGUGGAGAGUAUUGCUGCCUUUGCACAGCGCCGUCACCGUGGCGUCUCUGUCCUUAGCGGCAGCGGCAUUGUUGCCAAUGUCACACUCCGCCAACUGGCUGCACCGGGUGGUGUAAUGACACUCCAAGGAAGAUUUGAUAUAUUGUCUCUAUCAGGUGCAUUCUUGCCAGCACCAUCGCCUCCCGGAGCCACGGGGCUGACAGUGUACUUGGCCGGUGUGCAGGGGCAGGUGGUGGGUGGAAUAGUGGCGGGUGCAUUGGUGGCGUCAGGGCCAGUAAUGGUGAUUGCUGCGACAUUUUCAAAUGCAACAUAUGACCGACUGCCGAUGGAGGACGAGGCCGAGGCUGAGGCGGCCGGGGAGGGAAUGCAAUUGGAACCAAUCUCAGGGGUGAAUCCAGGGACUAGUGGUGAUUCAAGGUCACAGGCUCAUCGUUUGGUUGACCCAUCAUCCACUAUGCCUAUGUACAAUGUACCUUCAUAUCUGCUACCGAAUAGUCAGAUGACACAUGAUGUGUUUUCAGCUCCUAAUCGUCCGCCUCCCUCCUAUUAGGACCGGAAGAAAUGGGAAGAGAGGGAGAGAGAGUCCUUAAUUAGUUCGUUAGUUUAAAGCUGUAUCUCUCAGAUCAUGUAAGCUUAGCAAGAAAGGUAUAACUUCUUGACCUUUUCAGUACUCCCUUGUAUAUCACAUGUUCUGCUUUGAUAAUUUUGCUUAUGUAGUAGUGACUUUCCUUCAAUAUUCUCUCUCUCUCUCUCUUUGAACUAGUUGUGCACUUCUUUUAAAUGCAGUGGUGUAGGCAGGAAGAGCUUAGUCAUGAAAUGGAUUUGAAACCAUAUCUAUGUAUUCAUAUGAUUAAGAUAAGAAAUGUUAUUCUA